GUUUCUAGAUUUCAGAGUUCCACGCCCCAUUUUCGUCGACGUCACGGAUGAUGCAGAGGAGACGACGAUCACGAUCGCCUCAUCGUCCCUGAUCCUGAAGAUUGUGUCUCCUCCUCCUCCUCCUCCUCCUCCUCAGGAUGCUGUCCCCCAUGUGCGAUUUCUCUAUCGUCGUCUCUGGCGACCUCCUUCGGUCGAUUUUCGAACGCCUUCCGCCGUCCGACCUUGCCCGGUCGGCUUGCGUCUGCCGGUUGUGGAGGGACUUUGCCUCGGACCGGGAGAUGAAGGAAAAGAUCUUCCGGUCUACUUGGAAGGUGCGCCGAGUCCUAGGCGAGCCGUCCUCCUCAGCCUUCUGGCGUCACCCUAGCCUCGAUCGUUUCGCCAUCUCCCACCGCCUCAGUCGCGGUGAUUCCGUCGCUGGUCUUGCACUGAGGUACGGCGUCCAGGUUAUGGACAUCAAAAGAUUGAACAACAUGAUGAGCGAACAUGGUAUAUACUCCAGAGAGAGGCUGCUGAUCCCUAUUAAUAAACUGUCGCUUCUCAUCGACAGUACCUGUUAUAUCGAGCUGGAUGAACAUUCAAAAAGAGAAGUUGCGGUUCUGUACUUGGAAGGUGGCCCUGAUGGAAAAUCAACCCAAACAAUGAACAACACAAUCUAUAUAAAAGCCAGGCGGAAAAUACUCAAUUCUGUGAAAAGAAGUAUGCAAGUGGAUGAUGGAACUGCUGAGUACUACUUAUCGACUUCUGACGGUGAUCCAAGAGCUGCCAUGUUGCAGCUCAGCGAGGAUCUGAGGUGGGAGCAGCAGAACCGGCCUCACCUAUUUAGAUGAGCAAGUGCUUCUGUCAAGAUGUUGUGCAUCUUAAUUUAACCAGUUCAAGUGUAUUGUCUGAAAAUUUGUGUUAUAUAAAUAUGAUCUAAGUUAGUUGCAGCUCCAGACUUGUUACAUAUUAAAAUUAGAAACCACUAAGUUUGUGGUAUUAUCUAUUGAAAUUGGAUUACUAUUA